AUGCGAACCACCUCCUACCCCGUCCCGCCAUCGACCGUGCUGGCCAUGACAGGCCAGUAUCCACCACAGACUUACAAAGGAUUACAAGACCUGAAUCGGGAGAUCGCUGCUCUUCAGGACCGACUAAGGCAGCGCGACGCCAAUCAGUACAUCUCAUUCAAACAUGUGUCAGCCGAUGAUCUCCGUUUGUUGGAAGAAAGUCGCGAUCAGUUGCGAGCGGCUGUUCGUCUCACCUACUUUCCUGAUAUUGAGACCCUUUUGAUCAAGAUUCCAACUCUCCACCAUGAGAAGGCGCACCGCAGUUUUGCCGAGGAGACCGUUACUGCUUUGACGAUCAUGGGAGUCCGCGUCAUGGAGCGUGAACCUACCGGAGCCGGGCGAUACACGGCGCGCUCGGCUUCUCGGAAGGAAGCAGACUCUUCGUACAGGAAUGGACUGCUCGGGCUCUCCGAGUCCUUGCCUCGACUCCGCCAGGAUGUUAACUGGUGGAUUGCGAACUCAGGCGGCAGGGUAUUGCUUGUCUCGCUCCUGAAAGUCUCACGGUCUGAUCAGACGCUCACAAUAGAGAAGUAUUUCCCGCAGCGCCAGCCAGGCACUCGGGCGCGCGUCGCCGCCGGCGGACCUGGCUUUGUUCCCCAACGCAUCACCACUACGGUGGUCAAGGUGGGAACUACACCCCCCUCUGUUCAGGGACCACCGGUAGUUCUGGAGUUCAACCGGGUCAUUGGCAGGCAGCCAGUAGCCCCGCGUGAGAGGGAUGUGGUCUUUGCGCAUGCAACAUUAAUCGAACUCGCUCUCAUGAUCUUCAAGUGA